GCACGUCUCGAGUAACGGUAGCGAGCUCCAGUGCCAUAGUGACAGUCACAGGACGGCAAUAAUGUUAAUACAAAACAAUGUAUAUCGACCUAAAUCAAAGUAGAAAUAUCUGAGUGGAUGAUUGAUGAUUCAUCCUUACCCAGUGGUCCCGUACACCGUGGUGGCAUCGGGCGCCGCCGAAUCGAUUAAAGUGUCAUCUGGACUCUUUCCGACUUUCCUAAAAAGGUGAAAGCUACAGUCGGCCAGUAUGCAACGAAUAACGGGAAAGGAGAGGGACGAAACCUCAAUCGAGUUGAAGAGCGCGGAGGAUUCACAGACAACAGAUGACCCAGAUGCCCUGACAGCAUUCAGGAUUAUUCUGCACUCAGAUGAAAACAAUGGCCACGGCAUUUAUUUGUCUGACCGCGGGAGUUCACUGCCGGGACACACAGAGACAGAUAAGCUACAGUGGAACAGGGACACGGUGUUCUUUAGGGACGGCGUACGGAGGAUCGAUUUUGUGCUAUCUUACGUAGAAGACAAAGAUGAGAAGAAACCGGAGAGAAGGAGGGAGUUUGAGGCGAACCUCGAGAAAGCAGGGCUUGAACUGGAGACCGAGGACAGACGCGACUCGGACGACGGCCGGACGUACUUCCUUAAGAUCCAUGCUCCUUGGGAGGUGCUGGCCACCUACGCUGAUGUCCUGAAGAUAAAGGUCCCUUUCAAGCUGAGCGAUGUUCCUCACGCCCAGGACGUCCCGCUCGGGUGGCUGUCGCAACCCUUCCGUCUGCCGGAGAAGAUCAUGCGGCCGCAGCCCGAUUACUUCACCACGGCCUUUGAUAAGGGAAAGACAGACUUCUUCCUCAUCAACGACAAAGACUCCCUUUUCCCGCCCUCCACCAGGAACAGAAUUGUGUUCUACAUCCUGGCUCGCUGUCCGUAUCAAAAGGAGGAUCGGCAGGAAAAAUACAAGAAGGGGAUCAAGAGAUUACUCAGCAAUGGCACCUACACUGCUGCCUUUCCCCUGCACGACAGUCGCUACUGGAAAGGGGCAACAAAUCAAGAGUGCGAGAGCGAACGCUACAACCUCUACAAGAACUGGGCCCGCUUCCUCUGUUUCUACAAAGAACAGCCUCUCAACCUCAUCCGGAAGUAUUAUGGAGAAAAGAUUGGAAUCUACUUCGCAUGGCUGGGCUUCUACACUGAGAUGCUGUUUUUCGCUGCAGUCAUGGGUGUGAUUUGUUUUGCAUAUGGUUUGCUCAGCUACGACGACAAUAUAUCCAGUAAAGAGAUCUGCGAUCCCAGCAUUGGUGGAAGUAUCGUGAUGUGCCCACUUUGUGAUAAAAAGUGCAGUUUCUGGAAGCUCAACUCUACCUGUCUAUCUUCCUGGCAAUCCCAUCUGUUUGACAACGAGGGGACGGUGUUCUUCGCCAUCUUCAUGGGGAUCUGGGUCACUCUGUUCCUGGAGUUCUGGAAGAGGCGGCAGGCCCGCCUUGAGUACGAGUGGGACCUGGUGGACUUUGAAGAGCAGCAGCAGCAGCUGCAGAUGAGGCCUGAGUUUGAGAUGAAAUGCACUCGCAAGAGGAUGAACCCGAUCACCAAGGAAUCUGAGCCGUAUCUUCCAAUGAGCAGCAAGCUUGCUCGCUUCUGCAUAUCGGGCACCACCGUGCUUUUCUGGAUGUCCCUGAUCGUUGCCUGUAUCAUCGGGGUGAUAGCCUACAGGCUGGCUGUGUUCGCGGCCUUCGCCAGCAUCAUGAAGGACAGCCCCACCAGGAAUAUCCAGCUGGUUGGGAACCUGAUCACUCCACAGCUGGCCACCUCCGUCACCGCCUCCUGCAUCAACUUUGUCAUCAUCAUGAUCCUCAACUUCUUCUACGAGAGGGUGGCCGUUUGGAUCACCGAUAUGGAGAUCCCAAAGACCCACCUGGAAUACGAGAACAAACUGACCAUGAAGAUGUUCUUGUUCCAGUUUGUGAACUACUACUCGUCCUGCUUCUACGUGGCCUUCUUCAAGGGGAAGUUUGUGGGUCACCCUGGAAACUACACGUAUAUGUUUGGCGAGGCGAGCAGACUAAGGAACGAAGAGUGUGACCCAGGGGGCUGUCUGAUUGAGUUGACCACCCAGCUGGUCAUUGUCAUGGUGGGAAAGCAGCUGUGGGGAAACAUCCAGGAAGCACUGCUGCCGCUGAUGCGCAACUGGUGGGGCAGCCGUAAGGGGAGGCACCAGCCUGAGAACCAGUACAGCCGCUGGGAGCAGGACAACGACCUGCUGAACUUCACCCAGCUGGGCUUGUUCUAUGAGUACCUGGAGAUGGUGGUUCAGUUUGGUUUCAUCACCCUGUUCGUGGCCUCCUUCCCCCUGGCUCCUCUGCUGGCCCUCUGCAACAACAUCCUGGAGAUCCGCGUAGACGCCUGGAAGUUCACCACCCAGUUCAGAAGGCCCGUGGCCUCCAAGGCUCGUAACAUCGGAGCCUGGCAGGAGAUCCUCAAUGUGGUGGCCAUCUUGUCUGUCGUCACCAAUGCGUUCAUCGUGGCCUUCACGUCGGACAUGAUCCCGCGCCUGGUCUAUCUGUACUCCACCCACAACAAGGACGAGCUCACCAUGCGCGGCUACGUCAACAACAGCCUCUCCGUCUACAGCAUCUCCCAGAUCCGCCUGGACAGCAUGCCCGAGGACGGGGACAGCCCCUCCUGGUAUUCCAACUCCUCCAUCACCACCUGCAGGUAUCGUGACUACCGCUACCCACCUGGCCACCAGAAGCAGUAUGAUCAUACCAUGCAGUUCUGGCACAUCCUUGCAGCCAAAAUGGCCUUCAUCAUCAUCAUGGAGCACGUGGUCUUCGUGGUGAAAUUCUUUGUGGCGUGGAUGAUCCCGGACGUGCCGUCGGAGGUGAAGGCUCGGAUCAAGCGGGAGCGCUACCUGAUCCAGGAGUACCUGCACAACUACGAGGUGGAGAAGCUCAAGCUGCAGCUCUGCCUGUCCAAUUUCCCUGUCCCCGCCAGCGCGACCCCCACUCGCAACGCGACCAGCACCGCCAACACCACCAUGACCAACAUGGACGCCUGCUCAGAGCUGUGCACCGAAGUGCUCUGUCCCCUGGACACAGACGAGACGACGGCUGAGUGCCCGAGCCCCUCUCCCUCACUCCCUGGUUGGAAGUCCACACUAGAAUCAAGAGACAUGGCGGGGGACGCGACAGCCUAACAGAGGAUAAUGCUGCCCAGGGGGGCCUCUAAGGGGCUUGCACACUGCCCCAACAAACACCAACCUUUAACUGUAAUGCCGACGUGCGCCAUCAGCGAUUCUAAAAGUUUGUCAACAACAUACCUAGGCCCAAUCCCAUUUCUACCCCUUACCCCUUCCCCUUACCCCUUCAAAACAAGGGGGAGGGGUAAGGGUAAGGGGUAGAAAUGGGAUUGGGCCCUAGUCCUUGCCACUGCCAACCACGACCAACGGAUUUAGCUGCCCCAAUGUUGGUGUCUGUUGGUUCUUGGGCAGUGGGGAAGCAUCUUUGAGAUGUGACCGGGGUCUUCUCUAUGUGAGGGGGGGUUGGGAUCCUCCAUGGGAAAGGGGGGGGGGGGGGGGGGGGGGGGGGGUUCAAUGGCGAGCCUUUCGUUCCAGUUAUAGUGGUGAAACAUGUUUAUUUUAUAAAUGAGUUAAAGGUUGCUUCAAUCCUAUAUUAGGAUCAGUUUAGUGAUGAAGAAAUGUCAUGCCCUGCUCGGAACCACCCCAAGUAUGUUCCAGGUAGAAUGAACCACAGAACUGUGCUGUCGUAGUAGCGGGUUAAGUUUGAUGAGAUGGCGAGUGGCUGGAGCAGAGAUUUAUAGCGGAUUCAACAGUAUAUGAUGUAUACUAUCUACUAAAAUAGGUAUUGUCAGAUCUAAGUUGCCUUUGCUAUUGCUCUGAACACUUAAGAUAAAGUGUUAUGUGUUAAGAUUUAUAAUAUCAUGAUGUCAUUGGAGAGCUGUGUUGUGCAUGUGAUCCUUGCACCGGCUGCCUUAGGGAUGUUCAUAUCUGUUUUGUGCUCUUAUUGUUCUGUUCUUUUAAAUAAUUAAAAUCAAUCAUAUAUCUCCAAUUUUGCAUGAUAAAAGUUUAGAGUUUAUGUAAAUUAUGAGAGUUUUACACAGAGAAAACUUUCAACUUAACAAUUCUGUUAUUGUCUGUCUUCACAAAACAUAUUAUUUGUGUUCCUGAAUCAUUAAUUAAAUGAUUUGUAUCUUGAUCAUAUGCUCAAGUCCUGCACUCGCUCUUCAAGAUUAGAGUUUUACUAAAUCUUACCUCAAAAAUAAUAAUUAUAACUGUUGAAUCAGAUGCUGCACUAAUCCAAUUUAAAGUGUAUUGUAAUAGUUCCACUCAGAUCACAUUCCAAUUAAGGAUAACUUCAUGGAGGAUAGGACAGCAGCUAAACACUCUGUGGCUCGGGCAGAGUCAGCCUGAGGGACCAACCAGACCUAUCCAACGUGUUCCUUAGAAAAGAGAGAAAGAAGGACAGAGCCACUGUUCCAAUCUCUUCAUUCUGUCUAGUGCACCACUGUCAACUGUUCAAUUUACUCCCAAGACUAGCCAUGCAUGUUUAGGAUCAUUCUAUCAGUUCAAAUACAUGUUCAUUUUAUGCCAUGUAUAAACAGCCAUUGAAAUCAUUUAUGUUAUUUGUAUGUUAAGGUUAUUUUUGUAUUGAAACGUUAAAAAAAUGAUUACUCCAUAAUGUGCAUUUAAGAGCAUGGACUGUAUUCAAGUUAUAAUUUCAUGUAGCUUGUUAUCAUGGUAUACUAAGGUCAAAGUUAAAUACAAUUAUUAUUAACUAUUGUUAUUUUGCUCUGACUUUUGUCGCCCAAAGCUAGUUCUAUUUUUUUACAUUAAUGCAAAGGUCUAUCUGAUGCUGUAAACUUAACUUAAACCUAUAACUUAAAAAUAUAUGUUUGGCACGGGUGAAUGCAUGUGAAGUCCCAAUGUAAUGUUGGCUUAUAGAGUUGUUAUAAUUUAAGAAGAAUCGUUAUUAGUUUCAUUGCACAUGAUUUAGUACUACACAAAUAAAUAAACUAUCAGCAUUUGACUCAUCACUUGCUGCAGCACUAAGAGCAGAAGGCUACUCCAAUGUAUGCUUACUACAUGUCUUCUUUAUAUGCUGUGAAAUAAAGCUUUUUUGAAUCCUGAA